GGAAAAGGAGGAGGAGGAAGAGGAGGAGCAGCAGCAGAAGCGCGCGGUUCCGCCGCCCGCCCGCUGAGGCCGCAGCUCCCCCGGCUCCGGCAGCAUCGCCCCCCCGCAUCCCGAGAGCAGGAUUUCCCAUUGCCAAGCCGUGGCCGGAUGGAGGAGGAGGAGGCCGCGAAGAAGAGGAAGAUGCCCCGGGAGCCCCAGGCAGACAGGGAGCUGAGCACGGAGCGCAGAGAGAACAAAUCCCCGUGGCAGAAGCUGGUGGGAGAGGCCGUUUUGAGUGGCUCCACGGGGCAGGAAUCUAAGGGGGAGGAAGAGCCCCAGAGAUGCUGCACAAGGAGGGGCUGCAAACACAGCCCAAGGAGGUCCAAGGAGGAAGGUGGCCGGAGAUCCAGCCAGAGCUUGGAGCUGGGGGUCCAUGAACAGCUUCACAAUGGGGAGAAGCCCCACAAGUGCUCAAAAUGUGGGAAGGGCUUCAGGUGGAAGUCCAGACUGAUUGUCCACCAGAGAAUCCACACCGGAGAGAGGCCCUACGAGUGUGGGGAGUGUGGGAAGGGCUUCAGAGACAGCUCCAGUCUGAUCCGCCACUGGAAAAUCCACACAGAGGAGAGGCCCUACGAGUGUGGAGAGUGUGGGCAGAGCUUCAGCCAGAGCUCCAACCUGAUUGUCCACCAGAGAAGCCACACAGGGGAGAGGCCCUACGAGUGUGGGGAGUGUGGGAAGAGCUUUGGCCGGAGAUCCAGCCUGUGGGCACACCAGCGGACGCACACAGGGGAGAGGCCCUACGAGUGUGGGGAGUGUGGGAAGAGGUUUCCAAGGAGCUGCAGUCUCCUCAAACAUGAGCAGAGUCACACGGAUGAGAGGCCCUUCCGCUGCCCCGACUGCGGGAAGGGCUUCCAGCGCAACUACACCCUCAUCAUCCACCGGCGCAUCCACACCGGGGAGAGGCCCUACGAGUGUCCCCAGUGUAGGAAGAGUUUCUCACAGAGCUCUUCCUUGACCCAACACCAACGGAGCCACCACUAAGGGAAGCCCUGCGAGUGCCCCGAGUGCGGGAAGAGCUUCGUGCGCUGCUCCAGCUCCAUCCCCCGUGGGAGGAUCGGCGUUGGAUGAUCCCCAGUGACCCCCGUUGGGCAGAGCCCCAGAGCUCCGUGGUGCUGGUGAUCUGUGUGGGAAGACACCAGGCUGGGGGGCUCCGCCUCUUCCUGGCUCCCCGUGGCCUUGAUUUUCUUUUCAUUUCUCUUUGUCCUUUCAAAACACCCAAACCCGGGGUAAAAAUAAAGAUGUUGAACUAAGACACGGAUGGGGACCUGGGGGGAUCUUCCAGGGGAUAUGGGGGAUGCUGGCUUGAAGGGAGUUGAGGGUUCCUGGUGAUUCAUUAAAUCUCGAUAUCCAUGGACAAAGACCCUCUAACUAAUUAAAGUUAGAAAGUGGUAUGUUUAUUCAGGCACCAGCGGGGGGGCAUGAGAGUAGCCUCCUAAAGACAUGCCAGCCAAGUACAAGGUUUCUCGUUCUCUAUUUAUUACUCAAAGUUUUACAUCUUCUGCAUAUGUAUGACCCCAGCACCUCCCAUCCUCCGCUUUGUAUUAAAAUGAGAUCAUUGGUCUUUCA